AUGAGAUUUAUUUACAUCCUACUUGUUAUUUGUUAUGUAUCGUGUUACUAUGAUGAAGAAGCCGAAAAGGAUGAGAGGAAAAACAAAUUAUUAGAACAACUCUCCAAUACAAGACCAGUUCUUCGUGAUGGAUAUCGAAUAGCUACGAGGCAUGUCGGUAUAGAUGUGUAUAUGUACCGGAGCUAUAGAACUGUUUCGGUAGUGUUUUAUCAAGUUAGCAGUGAUAUAAACGACGCUCAAUUUACUUUUCAAUCAGAGGAACUGCAUCUUAAUAACAUAGGCUCCUGUAACCCUAAAGAUGUGAUAAUCCAGAUCAAAUAUGGAUCCUAUCCAGCGGUUAAUCCAGAUGGUUACCAGUUCCCAAAGAACUUCGUGGACCCAGCUAACAGGGAGAGCAUCCAAACCUUGGAGAUGAUCUCCGAUGGCAGCAAUAUCACCUAUUCCAUCAGCAAUCCAAGGUCUGGUAUUUACUAUGCCAUGGCGUACGUCAAGUGGGAAGAUCCAAGGAAUCAGAAAGUUGAACAAGAAGGUUUGGUUGCAAAUUGUCGUACAAUUUUAUACACGGAUCUCCAAGUGAAGGCUGAACAAACGUCCUACAUGAAUUGUUAUGAAAAUUUAACGAUAGAUUAUACUCAGUUGCCGUUACUAUUCAAAUGUCGCGCUAUCGAUAGUUUGGAUACGAUGAAAUUGAACUUGCACAUCACUAAUUCUGAAUUCAAAUACAGCAAUCUGACUGUGAAAAUUCGUGCUGAUGCAAUACCUACUGAGAAUGAUUUUAUACUGCACUGCGCUUUUCCCGCGUCUGCAAACGACCAGACCAUUAAUUUCCUACCACAGCCAUCAACUACCCAUUAUAUUUACAUAGAUAUUAUUGAUGGCAACACUACUUAUAUCCGGGAUUGUGAGUCAUACGCGUCGAAUGACGAAGAAGACAUGACCAUAGUUGAUCUAAUGAGAGAUGACAAGGAUAAAUUCUUUGGCUUCGACUACGGACUGCCUACAACCGAUUUAACUGACGUCACCAGUCUGGUCAAUCUGACAUCAAACGAAAUAAAAACUCUUAGAUUCAAGGUCAAUCAAUUUCUAGAUAUAGGUGGAAGUCUGACAAUAGAGGCAAGUCUGUUGAUGAGCAUAAAAUAUUACAUGGGUUACAAGAGAGAGAUCAAAGAUGAUAUGAUGGCAUUCACAGAAGAUAAUCAGUUCUUCAAAGUGGUGAUAUGCUUAGAGCUCAACCAAGCAGGAGUACCGCUUGAAAAUGAAGGUGGUUUGUGGUACAUGACGUUGAAGCUGUUCUGUGAUAGCGUUGUCUGUCCUUGUCGCACUUCAGACAACGCUACCAAGUAUUACGUGAACACGACAGAUAUAGGACAUAAGCAGACUUCUAUGGAUACCUUCUCAGAUGUAGUAAGGCAAGGUGUAACCGAAUGUAACACAACAGUAGUUCUAUCGGUGUCGUCAAAGUCAUGUGUCGGUGGUAAAUGUACCAACAAUGGAAAUUGUGGUUACAAUACCUUCAGCGGCAUAGUUAUGUCAUAUUGCGGCUGUACUUCGGGUUAUGGUGGUUGGGACUGUUCAGAUGAAUCAAGAAUCGACAGCCAAGCUUAUCUACUUCUAUCAGUACUACUUCUGACUUUGAGUAAUUUGCUGUUCAUCUUAUCAAUAUACGUCGCGUUUAUCCGAUUGUAUAUACUUGAAGGGGUCAUGUAUGGACUAACUAUGGUAUUUUCAACAUUCUACCACGCGUGUGAUGCGCCAGCUCAAGUCGCAUAUUGUAUUAUACGUGGUAAUCUCCUUCAAUUUGGUGAUUUCUACUGUGGACUUAUGUCUUUUUGGAUAUAUGCCGCUUGGUCUCAUUUUAGUGUCAGUUGGCCUUAUUUGCUACGCUUUCCUGCAGACGGAACAGAAUUAUAA